GCGAGCAGCCAAGAGACUGCUGGUAAACCCCACUUGCAUCCCAGUGAUUCCGCCGCCGUUCAUAACCUUGAACAAGUCCCUGCUGCUGUCCACAAUUCGGGGUCUGUUCAGCGCAACCUCCCGAGUCCCCUUUCCGUCCGCGUCGUCAACUCUCCCCUAUCCCAGAGCUCCUCACCCUGUGGCACGGCCACAGGCAAGAGUGCCGUUGCUCACCUUGUGGUGUUUUUACCCCUGAAAUCGUGUUGCCCUGCCAAAACCCGGGCACAUUUCAUACCUCACUUAUUCGUACACAGGCGCCAUGCCGUCUGCGUCUCCAGCCGCCAACAGCGGCCCCGUCCCGACGGAGGCAUCUGCCCUGGAUAUGACCUCCGUGCUCGCUGGCGUCUGGGGUAACAAGCUGGCUACCCUGGUCCUGGCGCCGUCCAUUGCCGUCUUUCUGUGGUUCUUCGUCGCCUAUCAAACAUCGCCACUGAAGAAGUACCCCGGCCCCUUUCUGGCAGGAUGGACCAACCUCUGGCGUGUCUGGCAGGUCAUCUCGGGCGAGUACGCGCCCCGGAUGAAGAAGCUGCAUGACAAGUACGGCCCGAUCGUGCGCAUCGGGCCGAACCUUCUCGACCUCGACAUGCCGGAGCUGUACCGCAUCAUCUACGGCACCGACGGCAAGUGGGUCAAGUCCGACUUUUACCGCAACAGCAGCUCCGUCAUCGACGGCAAGAUCACCUACCACAUGUUCUCGGAAACAGACCCGACGCUGCAUGCCCAGAUCAAGCGCCCGGUCGUGCGCCACUACUCGGUCCCGGCUGUGCUGGCCAUGGAGCCGCUGAUGGAUUCGGUCAUUACCGACUUUCUCGACACGUUGCAGAAGCGCUACGUCGAGCCCAAUAAGACGUGCGAGUUUGGCGACUGGCUGAGCUACUACGCCUGGGACUUCAUGGGCAUGGUGACCUUCAGUACGAAGUUCGGGUACAUGGAACAGGGCACCGACUUUGACGGCACGCUGGCCAUAGCCGACAAGUCGAUCGACUACCUGGCGCUGUGCGGCCAGAUGCCAUGGACCGACUUUGUGCUGGACAAGAACCCCAUCUACCCGAUUGGCCCGCCCAACGUCGGCAACGUCACGCGCAUCGCCAUCCAGAACCUGACGGCCCGGCUCAAGGGCGAGGACAAGAACUUCACCGAGGGCAAGCCCGACUUUCUGCAGUACUUCAUCGAGUCCAAGUCGACACACCCGGACCUCGUCAAUGACGGCAGCGUCAUUGGCUAUCUGUUGCUCAACCUCAUCGCCGGCGCCGACACAACCGCCAUCACGAUGCGCGCCCUGUUCUACCACCUCCUCAAGCACCCACACACCUACACGCGCCUGCAAGCCGACGUGCGCGCCGCCUUCCCCUCCCCCUUCGAGCCCGCGUCCUACGCCAAGGCCCGGGCAAUCCCCUACCUCGAGGCCGCCGUCAAGGAGACCCUACGGUACCACCCGGCCGUGUCCAUGAUCAUGGAGCGGAUCGUGCCCGAGGGCGGAUUAACCCUCCCCCACGGCCUGGGUGUCGUGCCCGCGGGCCAGAUGGUCGGCAUGAACCCCUACAUUGUGGGGCGGAACAAGAGCGUGUUUGGGGACGACGCCGACGAGUGGAACCCGGCGAGGUGGUUGCAGCGGGCAGGGGAGGGCGAGGACGAGUACAAGGACAGGAUGCAGCGGUGGGGGCAGAGUCUUCUGGCGUUUGGCGGCGGGUAUCGCAUCUGCUUGGGGAGGAAUUUGAGUAUGAUGGAGGUGUACAAGGUUGUGCCGACGCUGUUGGCGACGUUUGACAUCGAGUUGGAGGAUCCGAAUGAGGUGUGGUGGACUUGCUCGAGGUGGUUUUAUCGGACCAAGGGAGUCGUUUGUAGGCUGAAACCGAGGAGUGGUUAGGGAGAGGUUGGGUGUCAACAGAAACGAGCCUGUAAAAGGGGUGAUUUGGGAAAGCCGGUAUCCCCGAAGUCGCCGGUCGCCGGCUAUACCGAGCUAAGCGCCUGCUCCUAGAUGGCGGCAUGGGAAACCUCUAGCUCCUUAGCCACAGCAGAAGCAUACAUGUAGUCGUCGACGACAUUGAUCACGGUGGUAGCCGC